AUGGUUGCUAUGAGUUAUCAAUCACAUUGGUAUCGUGCACGUAUAUUAGAAUUUAAAUCCACAACAAAUUUGACAUGGAUAGAUCUUCUUAAUAAAAGAUUUUUGAUAAUAAAAAUUUUUCAUAUUAAGAUUCAAUUUAUUGAUCAAGGUGAAAUAUGUAAGUUAGACACAAAUGCAAAACUCUCAUUACGUACACGAUUUCUUGAUCGAAGUUCUAUGUUUAUUGAUGAAUUUAAUAUUGAAUCAUCAUUCGAUAUCAUCAAAUCUUAUUCUAUUGAUGAAGGUUCUCAAUGA